UGGGUCAAUCCGCGGCAGUUGGUAAGGAGAUGGGAGAUAUGAGAACGCCUACAAUAUAUGACGGUUGAAUCAAUGGAGCUGAAAAUGAGAACAACGUUGUAGGACAUGUCAUACUGUGUCUGAUUGAGUCGUGAAAGAGAUGAUGUACAUGUGAUCGUCUCGACGGAUGACCUGCCCCUUGUCACUUACAAGUUGCAACCAUCUUACAGAACAUCCCGCUUGUAAGCGGGUGCGUUAUAAACUAAUUCCCACGGAAGCCGAGUUUUGCGCGGUAUUUCUUUACAAACCAAGAAAAUCGGCAUUAUGUCGAGUAAUGCAUAGUUAGUAGUUAUGCAUACAGCUAGAGGCCUCCUUUUGCUUCUUGUGUUUAUACGAUGAGCCACCUUUCAGCUUGGAAAACAACGACGAAUGAACACACGAAAAUGCUCUAUUGCUUCAGGUCAGAGCUGAUACGAGAAAAUAGCGCAAGGUCCCUGAGAUUAGGACCAAAGAUGAGGAAUCUGGGGUCGAGAGCAAUGAGUGUUUGUUGGGAAGUGGAAUUUUAUCCGAGUCAAGAGAGUCAAAACGUAGAUGAACUGGGGCUGUCAACAUAUAUGGUUGCUGGUUCAACCUCGAGCGUGAAUAGUAUCUCUCUUCACUGCAUUCACAGAUCAUCACUUCGCAUUGGGCAACUCUCUAGACACGACGUCAUGGCGACUCAGGGCAGACAUUCCUCCAGGUUUAGCGCCCAAGCUAUGAUAUUACACCCAAUGAGCUGGGCAUCCUCGUUGUGGCCAUCCCUCAGCCCUGAGCCAUCACUCACCAUCCCUGUGCAAGGGUCUCGCCAGGAUCAAGGCGUAAGGGCGCACUCACCAGUCAGAGUUCAAGUUCAGGCGUCAAGCGUUAAGAACAAAUUGAGUGGCUAUUGGCUUUCCGAUUCAGGACGAACGACCAUUAGUAGCGAGCUGAGCAGCGCUAAGCUCAAGGAAAUGUAAUGCAAUGCUCGUUUGCCACGAUAGCUCAGUGAAUAAAGACUGCAUGGGCAGGAAUGGGAUUGGCCAACUUUAUCUAAGCCUCCUAGGUACAG